AUGUCAGCCGCAAAUUCAAUUAAACAAAUAACAUACAAAAAUUGUAUAGGAAGAAUGGGAAAACACGUAGUCAUGUUUCACCAUUGCGCAGUAUCACCAGAUUCACGGGUCAGGUCUGUUGAACACUGUACAAUCAUUAUUACCACUGAACACUGUACAAUCAUUAUUACCACUGAACACUGUACAAUCAUUAUUACCACUGAACACUGUACAAUCAUUAUUACUACCGAACACUGUACAAUCAUUAUUACCACUGAACACUGUACAAUCAUUAUUACCACUGAACACUGUACAAUCAUUAUUACCACUGAACACUGUACAAUCAUUAUUACCACUGAACACUGUACAAUCAUUAUUACCACUGAACACUGUACAAUCAUUAUUACCACUGAACACUGUACAAUCAUUAUUACCACUGAACACUGUAGAAUCAUUAUUACCACUGAACACUGUACAAUCAUUAUUACCACUGAACACUGUACAGUCAUUAUUACCACUGAACACUGUACAAUCAUUAUUACUACUGAACACUGUACAGUCAUUAUUACCACUGAACACUGUACAAUCAUUAUUACCACUGAACACUGUACAGUCAUUAUUACCACUGAACACUGUACAAUCAUUAUUACCACUGAACACUGUACAAUCAUUAUUACCACUGAACACUGUACAGUCAUUAUUACCACUGAACACUGUACAAUCAUUAUUACCACUGAACACUGUACAAUCAUUAUUACCACUGAACACUGUACAAUCAUUAUUACCACUGAACACUGUACAAUCAUUAUUACCACUGAACACUGUACAAUCAUUAUUACCACUGAACACUGUACAAUCAAUCAUUAUUACCACUGGCACCUUGGGAAGGGUAGUUUGUCUCUUGGCAGUGACUAUACUGAUUGCCGUUAUUAUUCAUUUAAAAUAUUAUUCUUUGUUAUUAUUCACACCGGAGUAUGA